CUUCAUUCUCCGGGUUCCUUUCUCCAGUCAAUCAUUUCUCCCCUUUCCUCUCUCUCUCCUCUCCUCUCCUCCCCUUCUCCUCUCCUUGCCCCUGUCUUCCCCUAGUACUUCCUUACUACCUACUACUGCACCUACUGUAUACCCUGAGCGCUCCCAUUGGCAUACAGGUACUGAACCUUGCCAACACCACCACCACUAUUACCACCACUACGACUACGACUACCCUAACAUAUCAAACUUGAAUCCUCUGUUGGGUUCAUAACCUAUAUACAUCAUGUCCUCCGCCAAAUCGCGCCUUUCUGGCUUAUUGGGCCAUUUCGCCUCGUCGGAACCUCCCCGCUACGAGCACAAUGUUAACUUUCACACUCUUUCGCCCACGUUUUUCUUGCCUCGGGCGGCGGCUGUAGAACCGGAGGCUGAGGCUAUCUAUCACGUUACCGCCAACAAGCAGGUCUUGCGCAGGUCGUAUAUGGAGACGGCGGACAGGGCACGCGGUCUUGCAUUUUAUAUCAAGAAGCGCGGAUAUAAGCGGGUUGGUAUCUUGUGUCCGAAUACGCCUGCUUUCUUGGAGUCGAUUUAUGGAAUUGCUGCCGCUGGGGCGGUCAAUGUUUCCGUGAACUACCGUCUCAAAGAGGACGAUAUCGACUAUAUCUUCAACCACUCCGACGUGGAUGCCAUCAUUGCUGACCAGGAGUAUCUGCCGCUUCUCCAAUCCUUCCGGAGCACAAGGCCCUCGUUCCCCGUCAUCGUCGACACCGAUACGGAUGCCACCGAGGGCCAGCUGUCUGGCCCCUUUGACGAGGCCGUCCUGGAAGGCCUGCAGCAUGAUGUCGACACUGGCUCCCAAGGCUGGGUCGGCCUCGAGGCCCAGGCGGCUUCUGAAGACGAUGUCAUGGCCUUGGCUUACACCAGUGGCACGACUGCCCGCCCUAAGGGUGUCGAAUUUACCCAUCGUGGCUGCUACCUCGGCACCAUGGGCAAUGUGAUCGAGUCGGGUCUCAAUCAGCAGCAGGGCCGCUGUCGCUAUCUGUGGACUCUGCCCAUGUUCCAUGCUAUGGGCUGGACAUUCCCUUGGGCUGUCACGGCUGUCCGUGGCACUCACUACUGUCUGCGCAAGAUCGACUACCCCGAGAUCUGGAGACUGCUCAAGCAGGAGCAAGUCACCCAUUUCAACGCCGCCCCCACGGUGAACACCCUGCUCUGCAACGCCCAGGAAGCCGAGCGCCUCUCUCACCGCGUCUAUGUCACCGUGGCCGCCAGCCCGCCGUCCCCCCACCUGUUCGAACAGAUGACGGGACUCAACCUGCACCCGGUGCAUGUGUACGGCAUGACGGAGACCUACGGCCCCAUCACCAAGGGGUACCACAUGGCCUCGUGGGAGAACCUGCCGCGCGACGAGCGGUACAAGCGCAUGGCGCGACAGGGCCACGGCUUCGUGACAAGUCUGCCGGCCCGCGUGAUCAAGACCGAGGUGCCCGAGGGGACCAUCAUCGACGUGAGCCGCAACGGCAAGGAGAUUGGCGAGAUUGUCUUCAACGGGAAUAUCUGCGCACGCGGCUACUACAAGGACCCCGAGGCGACGCGGAAACUCUUUGCGGGUGGUGUGCUCCACUCGGGCGAUCUGGCUGUGUGGCACCCCGAUGGGGCGAUCCAGAUUAUGGACCGCGCCAAGGAUAUUAUCAUCAGUGGCGGUGAAAACAUCUCCUCAGUCGCCCUCGAAUCAAUGCUGGUGACCCACCCCGACAUCCUGGAGGCGGCGGCGAUCGCCGUCCCGGAUUCGCACUGGGGCGAGCGACCCAAGGCCUACGUGACGGUGAAGCCCGGCAAGCAGCUGGAAGGGCCGGCCGUGAUCGCGUGGGCGCGGACGGUCAGCGAGAUCAGCAAGUUCAUGAUCCCGCGCGAGGUAGCCGUUGUGCCGGAACUGCCCAAGACGAGCACGGGCAAGGUGCAGAAGAAUGUGCUGCGGGAGUGGACCAAGAAUGGUCGUUAGGGGAUAGAAAGAAAGGAAAGGGAUGUACAUUUGUAUAUAGUAGCGUUGAACAUCC